UUUUGGAAUCCUCAUCUGAGCCAUCAUGAUGCUUCGGAACGUAUUGCUGGCGCUCUGCCUGACUGCCAUGGUGGUGGCCUACAGCGAUCCCAACGAGGAUAAGCCUGCCAAGGGUAACCUUGCCAGCGACGCCAAGCUACGCAUCGGCGUGAUGCACCGAGUGCCUGAGGAGGAGUGCACUCGCAAGACUCAGAAUGGCGAUCAGCUCUCCAUGCACUACACUGGCUGGACUCGCGAGGACGGCAAGGUUUUUGACAGCAGCGUCUCGCGCGGCUCUCCCUUUGAAUUCACGAUUGGCAAGGGCAUGGUCAUCAAGGGCUGGGAGCGCGGUCUGCUCAACAUGUGUGUCGGCGAGCGUCGCCGCUUGACCAUCCCCUCGGAUCUGGGCUACGGCGACCAUGGCUCGGGCGCCAAGAUCCCCGGUGCCGCCAAGAUUAAGAUUAUGGUGUAUGAAAACCCUGACACCAACAGCACGUACGCCAGGGACGAGGCAGAGGAGUGCCACGAGGCAGGACAGGAGGAACAGCUGAAACACAAAGUGUUUGUGUCGAGGAAAAAUCACAUCAACUGCAACGGCUGUUCACCACACCUGUUCCUCGAUAUGGAUGACACACAAACAGAUGGUCACAGCAAGAGAGAGAGCAAGAGAGAGCGAGAGAGAGAGAGAGAGAGAGACACGCGCGCUGUCACGAGUUCUUCCCGCCUCAAGGCUUUGCAGCGUUGUCUGAUCAAGAGUCGAGGUCAAGGGUUGGUGGUGCUAGAUAUCAAGGCUUGUGCCCAUCACCUCGACAGCAACAUGUCGACACAGGAGGAGCCCGUGACGGAGGUGCCGCCCGAGGCGGUUGAGGGCGAUGAGGAGGAAGAGGAGGAGAUUCCGGCUCCUGAUCCCAUCCAAGUGGACUAUUGCAACAUUUGUACCAUGCCGUACGAGUAUUGCGAGUUCAGUGCCACCAAGAAGAAAUGCCUUUCUGCCCUUACGGAAAAGAACAUGAACCUUUUUAUCAAGCUCUAUGGUGAUUUGAAUGUCGAGGAGAUGGCCGAGGACAAGAAGAAAGGUGCUGGUCCAGCUGCCGAUGGCAAGAAGGGCAAGGGCGCAGAUGUUAAGAAGAUUAUCGUGACGCGUUCCACCCGCAACAAAAAGAAAUUUGUGACGUCCAUCACUGGUCUCAAGGCCUAUGGUUUGAACCUCAAGCAAGUCAGCAAGGCCAUGUCAGGCCGCUUUGCAGCCUCGAGCAGCGUUAUGGGCGAGGACGAAGUCUUGGUCCAAGGUGACUUGACGGACGAUAUUGAGGAUUUCAUCGCCGACAAGUGGCCCGAGAUUGAUGAAGACGCGAUCGAGAUUGUCAUGAAGAAGUAACCACAUACUCUGAUGCAGAGCCUCGGAGUGUAAGUGCCACGUUUGAGACCCCGCGAUUCCAAGGCAUCCGCCAUUGUGAUGAGGUCGUCGAGUGCCACAAACAAAGGAAAAAAAAAUUAAAACACUUCCAGUG